AUGCAGCAGUUUUUUUCGUAAUGUUUUUGAUGCGGAGGCUGGCGCUGAAUGCGGUCUGUAUUUGGAGAGCAUACGCUUUUUACUGACUUGGAUUAGGACGGAUUGUAAACUCUUUCAUCUGUGGGAUUGUCAGUUACUUUUUGCUGUUGCCGACUGCGGUGCGACGCACUCAGCAGAUUCAAGCAGAGAGUGGAAUGGUAGACCGCAUGAUGGCAAUGAACCAUGGACGUUUCCCAGAUGCUGUGAACGGGCAUCAACACUCUGCGCGCAGGAUGGGAAUGGGACAGUUUUCCAACGCGCUUCCACAGCAGCAGCAUUAUAACGUUAUCAUGGGAGAUCACAUGCAUUACGCGGGAGGGAAUGUAAACGCAAACCACGGGAUCCGGCAUUCCAUGGCCUCUGGGAAUAAUAUAAACGGAGGGAUCCCCAAUGGCAACUUGCCUGCCCGCUUUAACUCCCAGUUUGUCGGACAAGGGCAGCAGCUCGCUGCCAGCAUGCAGUUGCAGAAGCUCAACACGCCUUACUACAGUCACCACACGCAUCCUUCCCAUCAUCACCAUUACAUGCACGAACUGCACCCCGCCAACCACCAGUUAAACGGGACAGGACAGCAGUUCCGAGACAGUAACGCUAAGCAGAACACGUCUGGGGUUCCUCUGCCUGGCCACCACAUGCCUGCAGCAAUGCUGCCCCCCAACGUUAUCGACACGGAUUUUAUUGACGAGGAGGUCUUGAUGUCACUGGUGAUAGAAAUGGGCUUGGACCGAAUAAAGGAGCUGCCAGAGCUGUGGUUGGGACAGAACGAGUUUGAUUUCAUGACAGACUUUGUUUGCAAGCAACAGCCCAGCCGAGUGAGCUGUUAAUCUCACCUUUUUCUGUUUUUUGUUCCUUUUUUUUUUUUUUUUGAGACUGAUAUUACUGGUGUGUUUUGCUAGAUCCAUAAACCACAGGGUUCCCACAGUCCUGGAUGUAUCAGGGAGUUUCAAAAGUUUAUUUCCAGGCCUGAAAAAGUCUUGAGGAUUAAUUAAAAUGUAAAAGGAAAUUUGUGUAUUCGAUAUCAGUUUGAAAUGAAUGCGAUCUCUAUAUUUUUAAAAAUCCUUCACAUCACAGAUGACUGGAGAAAGGAGAAAUCAUGUAAAUUCAUUAGUGUGGGAACCCUGAAAUCCGAAAGACGAACCCACAAAACAGCCAUGGAAGUACCAUUCCAGAGUAAACUUUCAUCAGCUGGUUCAUGCCAUUAUGUAACAGAAAUGGAUUUGUUUUGCAUGAGGAUAGUUUGGACACCCGAGAGUCAUGCUAUGCAUCACAUACGCAGGGGCUGGAGAGUGAGAAAUGCAAGAAAAUCCCAGAAAACUCUGUUCAGUAUUAAUGUAGCAGACAAAAUAGACAAAAAAAAAUCACGUUUUGCUCUUUCAGACACUUUUGAGACCUCCAGUGAUAUCAGAUGUCAGUGAAUGCAUAUUCUAAAUAAUGUUGGUGGUUAUGUGACAUGAUUGUAGAUAAUAGUGUGUAAUUGUCUCAAUCAGCAAUGUACUAUAAACUUUAGUGGCCAUAUUUACCAGAUUCCUGUGCUGCUCCGAGAUUCACCUGAACUGUGAGCACAUGCUUCAAGUCGUUCUUCUCUCCACCCUUUCUACAUCUACUCAGGCCCACGUUGCCUCCAUGAUGCUUGUGUGUGUGUAUAUCGGAGCCUAAAAAAUAUAUACGGAAGUGAUACGAAUGUGAGCGAGAGUGUGCAUUCGCCGGCUACCCUAUGUGCGGUGUAUCGAAAAGACAUUCCGAUCCUGAAUGUCACAGUCUGGAAUGUUGUAAAGGAAGGGAAUGUGGAAAUAUCCCAACACAGAAGAGUUUCAUCUUCAUCGGUUUUCAAAAAUAGAUAGACCACUGUGCUUAUUAUAGUAUGCGGUACAUGGCAAUACUACUGUGUUGAGGCUUUCUAGGAAAGUUUUACAGUAUUUUUGUAUAUUUUUAGAAAAAAAAAAUGUUAAUUUAUUAUAUUUUAAUUUGCAAACAUGAAUAAAGCAGCAGAGGCUCAUUACUGAA